AUGGAUAACGAAUAUAAUAAUGUUCCUAUCGUUUACUCCAUAUUUCCCUCUGUAAAUACUUCCUCUAUUCAAUCACAAUCGAUAAUUAAUUCUGACACGAUAAUAUCUACGAGUCCUUGCGCGGGAAGUUUUAUGUUACCUAGCCCAAAAUAUGGUGUUAAACAGCUUAAUUCAUUUAUCCCAUAUCAAAACACUCAACAACCAUUAUUAAUACAGCAACCAGACGCCGCCGCGUCCUUAUUAUAUCAUACACAACAAUUAGAUGUAUCAACACUACCUGUAAAUAUCUCGAAACAACAAUUUUCUUCGUCUAUUUAUCCGCUUAACGGGUUUAAACUUGAGUGUUCUGAUGAAUAUAAUGACUCAAUGGCUGUCAUACAAGAAGAUGCUAUCGAUUUCAAAGUUCAUUCUAUAUCGGUUGCCAAUCCUUAUAUUAGUGGCUAUCCGCCGACGCCAACUACUCCUCGUAAUGAAAUUUUAUUACCAAUGUCUCCCCCAGCAGAAAAUCCUACUGUUUUAUAUGAUCAAGGACAUUAUUUUCUUCAUGUCUUAAAACCUCGUGAUCCGUUUCAGGCGUUUAAAAGUUUUAUGGCCGCCGCCAAAUUAGGUUCUCAACGCGCAAAACAUCAAGUCGCUUAUUGCUAUCAACACGGUAUCGGUGUGAAUAACCUUUAUUUACUUCUUGCCGAACGUGAUGAUCCACAAGGUAUGAAACUAGCCGGUGAUUGCAAUUAUAUUGGAAUAGGUACUCCUAAAGACAUUCAAAAAGCUCUCGAAUGGUAUCGUCGUUCAAGCAAGUAUGAUUUUUAUUGGGGUGGUAAAUUCCAAUACGCGUUAGUCCUUUACAAACGUGCUAUAUCUACUCUUGAAUCGGGUUAUCACGACAAUGCUACGCCUCUAUUUGUUGAAGUUUUUCAUUUAAUACUUCAAAUAUGUGAAAAUUUUCCAAAUUGUCCUGGUCCUAUUAAAUUAAAACUUGGUAUAUUUUACCAUUUUGGAAUCGGGUGUCCAAAGGAUUUUCAAAAAGCCUUAUAUUGGUACGAACGAGCUUCAAAAGGCCUCUUAAUGUCAAUGCCAUCGAUACAAGAAUGUGAUUCUUUGAUUAAUGAUAUCCAUCAAGGUUAUGAUUCUUCUUUAUCGACUGUCAUUAAAAAUGAAUUGUUAAUAUUCGAUGGAGGGUUUUAA